GGCAGCCUCCUGUGAGAGAGCAUGACUCAAAAUAUAGUACCAGUAAACAGUAUAAACUUAUACUAAUAUAUUAUUAAGGGUUAUGAAAAGAAUAAAUAUAUAUAGCGAUAUCGUUGAUGAGCACAAGAUGUCAACUUUUAUUUAUAUAAUGUAACAUUACUAAGCUAUUAUUAGUAUUAUUAUAAUAAUAUAGACCUAUAGAUAGAUACUCCAUGUAGCUUGCUAGCUCUGGUGAAUAUCGCCAUGGCGUUCAUUUGUUCUCGUUUUCGUGUUCGAUCGGGAGUUGUUUUGAGCUACCGUUUAUUUUCCUCUGUAGCGAAAAGCAGAGACAGAGAAGCCCGAGACGAAGUGCCCGUGUUCCGCUAUGUGGGAGAACGCAGGAAGCCCAGUGAGAAAGUGUUCGUGUGGGGCUUCAGCUACACCGGAGCGCUCGGCAUUCCCAGUUUUGUGGUUCCCGACAGCGGCAGGAAAAAGCCGAGAAAAUACCAACUGACCCCUUACCGCCUCGACACGGAGCAAAAGAUCUCUUCAGCAGCCUGUGGUUAUGGCUUCACAUUAUUGGCAUCGAAAACCAAAGACAUCACCAAAGUGUGGGGUAUGGGCCUCAACAAAGAUUCCCAGCUGGGCUUCCAACGCACCCAACACGACCGGCAUAAAAGUUAUGAAUAUGUCCUGGAGCCAUCUGCUGUGUCUCUGCCGCUGGAGAACCCUCAGGAGACACGCGUCCUCCAGGUUUCUUGUGGUCGAGCUCACUCUUUAGUGCUCACAGACUCUGAAGGAGUGUUCAGCAUGGGUAAUAAUGCCUAUGGCCAGUGCGGAAGGAAAAUUAUUGAGGAUGAAGUUUACAGUGCCAGCCAUGUCGUCCACAAGAUAGAGGGAUUUGAUAGUCGAGUUAUUCAGGUGGUGUGUGGGCAGGACCACAGUUUAUUUCUGAAUGAAUCAGGAUCUGUGUAUGCUUGUGGCUGGGGGGCAGAUGGACAGACAGGUCUCGGCCAUCAUAACAAGUCUGCGUUACCUGUCCGAGUCGGUGGUGACCUGGAAGGGGUCAGAGUUCAGCAGGUGACCACGUAUGGAGAUUGCAGCCUGGCCGUGUCCGAAGAAGGUCAUGUAUUUGGCUGGGGCAACUCAGAGUACCGACAACUCGCCUCCGUCACAGACACCACACAGGUCAGCUCUCCACGUCUGCUUCCUCUGAAAGGAGUAGGUAAGGUGACACAGGCAGCAUGUGGAGGAACACAGGUCGCUGUACUCAACGAGGAUGGAGAAGUGUUUGUGUGGGGAUAUGGAAUCCUGGGAAAAGGGCCUAAUCUCUCUGAAGCAGAGACCCCAGAGAAAGUGCCGUCGACACUUUUUGGAAAAUCUGAAUUCAACCCAAUGGUUAAAGUGUCUCACAUCCGCUGUGGCCUCAACCACUUUGCAGCCAUCACAGAUUGCGGUGAGCUGUUUGUCUGGGGCAAGAACGUGCGAGGAUGUCUUGGCAUCGGGAAACGGGACGAUCAGUAUUUUCCAUGGCGGGUGACUGUACCAGGUCACGUGGUGGACGUCGCAUGUGGCGUGGAUCAUAUGGUUGCGCUGGUCAAGUCUCUCAUUUGAGCUGAAGCUGUGGAGGACCUCACACCGCUUCCUGUUUAGAAACUUGCUCUAAGUCUUCCCACUUCAACUAAGAUUUAUUGUGAGUAGGACAAACGACACCUCACGGAUUUGAAAAAACCAAGACGCCUGGAAAUCUGUUUGCAUUCAGUAAUAACGUUAAACUGCUUAUGCACCUGAGUAUCUCCUGUACGAGCAAAACCAGGCUGGAAGUUUUUUUUUGUUAAGACACUUUAUUAUUGUAUUUUUUGGAGUGAG